AUGCAUUACUUGGAAUUUCGAGCUACUUUAAAAUAUUGUCUUUUUUUGAUAUUUUAUACAAAAGAUUCAUCCUUCAGAUGCUAGAAAAAUAAGAAAGUUAAGAGGCACUUUAUUAAUUCUAAUAAUGAGAAAGAAAUUAUAAGAAAGAAAUAUAAAUGUCUGGAUACAUGUAAUGGACCACUCUCAUCUAAUUGUUUAACAUGUGAUACCAUAUAUAGAUAGCUUGACUUUUCAACAUGCAUCUGCCAAGCUAAUUAUUAUGAUAUUGAAAAUUAUAAUGUGUAAGUAUAUUUAUUAAAAAAUAUCAAUAGACUUUCACUAUUCUUGACAAAAAUGUUUUGAUAAUACUGAAAAUGGGUGCAUUGUUUGUUCUUUUGAAUUUCAUUUUAGAAUAUAAAAAGGUAACUCAUGUAAAUGUGCUGAUGGAUAUUAUGAAGAAUCAGAUUUAUCAUAGUGUAAAAGUAAUUAUAUAAAUAAUUAAUUAAAAGAAUGUUCUUAUAAGUCUAGUUUGUAGUUCCUUCUGUUAUAAUAAACAAAUUUGACAAUUGUACUUCUAGCUAUGAUGAUAGAUAUUUAGAUGGAAGUACGUGUAAACACACCAUUAAAAUUUUAGGUGGUGCUAUAAGUACAUUUGACUUUAAUGGAUUAGUUAAAUGUUAAAGUAUACAAUUCAUUAAUGAUUAGGAUGUCAUUAUUCUUGCGGAACUUGUGGAGGUAUUGAAGAAACAGAUUGGCUUACUUGUAUGGAAAGUGAUAAUAGAUAUUAAGUAGGAAAUACUUGUAUCUGUAAAGAUGGAUAUUUCAUUUCUGGAUUGCCAAUUUGCCAAAGUAAUAAUCAAUUAUAUUAAUAGAAUGCAGGUAUAGAUGUAAAAAUUGUAAAUCAUAGUCAGAUACUUGUACCUCAUGCUAAAAUAAUACUUUAGAAUAUUAGUUUCUGGUUUCAAUAAAUGCAUGCAUUUAUUGAUAUUAUGAUGAUGGAUAAAAUGUUAAAUUGGAUAUACUGA